AUGUUUUUAGCGUUGGAACGGACAAGCUCGAGGUGUUUGCGGGCCCUUUGUCGAGGAUAUGCGUCCAGACCGGACGUGACAGUGGAGUCUGAUUUUGCGUUUCGCAAGACGCAAAUUUUCCGGCUCCCAAUUGCCCAGCAGGACCAGUUGUACUAUCCGUUGUACGACCGUUUGGUAACUGGUGAGGAUAAAGUUGUGCGAGUUGGCGAGUUUGUGGAGAAGUACCGGCCGUUUUUCGAGAAGAAUCCAGAUCUCAAGAUCGUCAAGGACUCACAGUACGUUUUGAACGGCAAGAUCGCCAGUAUACGCCGCGCUGGAAAGGGUAGCAUGUUCAUUGAUCUGGUCCAGGACAGACAGAAAGUGCAGAUAGUGGCCAACUACAAGAUGAUGGGACUUUCGAACGAGGAGUUUGCCGCAUUGCACAGCAACCUGCGACCAGGAGACCACAUCUCGUCUACAGGGUAUGCGGGGACGACGAAAACCGGGGAGCUAUCAUUGAAAGCGAGCGAGAAACUUCGAUUGGCGUCCCCAUCAUUGCAUCCGAUCCCGCCCAUUUUCAAGGACCCGGGAAAAGUGUACAGUCACCGGGUGAUUGAUUAUCUUGCGAACCAGAGGUCACGCGACGUGAUGAUUGUGAAAUCGCGGCUGAUUUCGCUUUUGCGCAGGUUUCUGGAGAACAGGGGGUUUAUGGAGUUUUCGACGCCUAUUCUGGGGUCUGGCAACUCUGGCGCCAACGCCACCCCGUUCGUCACCACCAGCGUCCAUAUCAAGGACAACCGCGACAAACCUGUGCCGUUAAGCCUGAGGGUGGCUCCGGAGCUCUGGCUGAAGAAACUGGUCAUCUCCGGGUUCGACAAAGUGUUUGAGAUCGGACCCUCUUUCCGAAACGAGGGUGUCGACUCGACGCACAACCCAGAGUUCCUGAGCUGCGAGUUCUACACCACUUUCACCAAUUUGGAUCAGAUGAUGCGUCUGACAGAGGACCUGUUUAAAAUUUUCGCUUCCGAGCUAAAGAGCCAUGACAUUUGCCGAGAUCGAUGCAGCUGGUUGCAGGAGAAGCUGGACGCAAACGGCGGCUGUUUUAAGAAAAUUGACUUUUUGGGCCAACUGCCUAUCGAGACCGGUCUGCCGCUGCCGGAGUUUUCCAGCGAGGCUCUGGUGGCCUAUUUCCGCGACCUCAAUUUGGAGGUUCCCCGGGUGCAAUCGCCGCAGAACCUGCUGGACGAGCUGGCAGCAGUGUAUCUGGAGCCAUUGUGCCAGGAUUGUCCAACGUUCCUGUACAAUCUGCCAGAGGUUCUGUCUCCUUUGGCGAAAUCUGCUACCAAACAGAACUAUGCAGUCUCCAACAGAUUCGAGCUGUACAUCAAUGGCACCGAAGUGAUCAAUGCAUAUGAGGAAGAAAACAAUCCGUUCAAACAGACAGAAAAGUUCGAGCUACAGAUGCAGGCGAAAACCGAGCAUCAGGACAUGGAGUCGAUCGUGCCCGACUCUGCGUAUGUGGACGCUAUGGAGUGGGGGUUGCCUCCCACUUGCGGGUGGGGGAUGGGCAUCGAGCGCAUGGUGAUGUUCUUCACCAACAGCGACCGGAUCGACCAGGUGUUGCCCUUUGGAAAGCUGCCAGACGUGCUCAAGCAGUAG